CGCAUAGGUGUGUCUCCGGCAUUGCCAGUUUUUCUAUUGUUUUCUUUUUUUCAUCCUCUGACCGCUCUGGCCCAUUUUGCCUGAGUGUUGGAGCAGACAGCACGCGGCUUUUGUCACUAAUCUAUAUUAUUCUGUUGCUAUUGAUUUUUUGUUCUUAUCUAAUUUUUUCAUCGUAUCAAUUGUGAAGAGAAAACGUGCCGAGUGUACCGCGACGCCGGUGACAUUGUGUGUUCUCGCGCGUGAUAAGGAGCAAGUCGCUGCGCGUCAACGCAGACGGGCUUCACUUUGGGUGGAAUAAAUGUCGACGAAAGGAUAUUCAGCAAGAGAGAAAAAAAUGAAAGUCAGCCAUAAAAUCAUUGGGCUCGUCCAUCGACUCGUGGAGUUCGUUGGACGAUUUAUCUUCCUCCUCGCGGCGUACAUCAGUGGACCCGGGGAAUCUCAACCACCGAUAACCGACAUGAUCCACACACUGAGAUCGUGCAAAGCGAUCGCGAUGAUGAUCCGGGAGAAAAGAGUCACUGCCACGUCAGUCGUGCAAGCCUACAUCGACCGAAUAAAGGAAGUUCAGCCAAUAUUGAAUUGCGUGUGCGAGGAUCGAUUCGACGAAGCCCUUAACGAAGCUCGCAAGUGUGACGAACUACUGGCCUCGCCCAGUGCACCAUCGUCACAAAUUCUCGCCGAGAAGAAACCAUUUUUUGGCGUCCCUUUCACCACGAAGGAUUGCAUAGGAAUUUCAGGCAUGAAACAGACAGCGGGGCUCGUCCUGAGAAAAAAUACUGUUGCUGAUCGCGAUGCCGAAGUUAUAAGACUCAUGAGAGCAGCUGGUGCCAUUCCACUGGCAACUACUAACGUUUCUGAACUCGCCAUGUGGUGGGAAACCGGCAAUUGUCUUUAUGGGACUACGAGAAAUCCUUAUAACACGAGGCACAUUGUUGGCGGAUCUUCAGGCGGUGAGGGUUGCAUCCAAGCUGCUGCAGCCUCUCAAUUCGGUAUAGGUUCGGAUAUUGGCGGCUCUAUUCGAAUACCCUGUUUCUUCAACGGAAUUUUUGGCCACAAACCAUCGAAAGGAGUCGUAUCGAACGAUGGACAGUACCCGAAUCCUCAUAGCGAAGACCAGGAUCGUUUACUCGGGAUUGGCCCCAUGUGCAGAUACGCCACCGAUCUUGCUCCUAUUCUCAAAGUAUUGGCUGGUGAAAAUGCUUCGAUGCUUAAUCUCGACGAGAAAGUUGACAUUUCCAAACUCAAAGUUUAUUACAUGUUGGACGACGGAGGCCAACUUUUAGUGUCGCCUGUUGACCACGAAAUCAAAGACGGAAUAAAACGCGUUGUCAAAUAUUUGGAAACGGCCCACAAAGUAAAGGCGAAAAAAGUAGAGAUCAAAAAAAUGAAAAAGAGCUUAGCCCUUUGGCUGGCAAACAUGACCUCUCCGGACGGUAAAGACUUUGCUCACGAGCUGGCGAAUCGGAAAGGACGUAUCAGCUUAGGCUGGGAAUUUCUCAAAUGGUUUACCCGGACGGGUUCCCACACUUUUAUUGCUCUUGUCACAGCGGCAUUUGAAAUGUUCAAAUUCAAACACGACAGCGAAGAGCGCACCACACUUAUUCAGCAAAGUCGGGAGCUUUAUCAAGAAUUCAAGGACAUGCUCGGCGACGAUGGAGUAUUUUUAUACCCGACGCAUCCGACCGCAGCGCCGCUCCAUCACGAACCACUGAUAAAACCGUUCAAUUUCGCGUACACAGGCAUUAUCAACAUUUUGGGUCUUCCCGCAACUGCGUGUCCGUUGGGACUCAAUAAACAAGGUCUUCCAAUCGGUUUGCAAGUAGUCGCCGGUCAUCUUCAGGAUCAUUUGAGUUUAGCAGUUGCGGUUGAGUUGGAAAACGCGUUUGGUGGUUGGGUCUUACCUGCGAUUUCUUAUUGAGCGAAGAUAAACGAGGCCAAACCAACAAACCGAUCUACUUUUUCAUUUGGAAGCCACUUUUCCUCGCAGGAUUGAAUUAAUCCGUGCAAAACUCAUCGUUCGUUAUUUUUUUAUUGUUAGCUUUUUGUUGUUACUCUUUCCGAGCCUCGAAUGCGAAUCAGUAUUCAGAAAAGAGAUGCAAAGAUAAUAUUCUGGGGUAAAAAAGUAUUUAUAUUAUAUAACGAAUUAGUCGACGAACUCUGCCAAAAAGUUUGGUAGGCCACGUCAAUUUCCAAUGAUUUUUUCCACUAGGUUGGAAACAUAUUUCCUCAGUUUCUUUUAAGGUAUUCCUUUCGAAUGACCGUAUUUUUUAGUGGCGCAAACUAGGGCACUCGAAAUUUGGAGUGAUUCCUAAAGCUCUGAGAAGUCGCUGCUAUAUGGGAAAAGCUUUCUGCCAUUUUUCCAACUUCUAUCGUUAACAUCUCAUUUAAGUAUUCGGUAAACCUUUAUUUUUAUCGUCGCUAUGGAUUCCUUGGAUUUUUUUUCUAUCUGUGAGACAGUUUGUAUCAGAAAUUUAGAAUUAUUCAGCACACGAAUUAUCGAAUAGAAAUGUGGUG